AUGAAUCACCUCAAACCAAAUGAAGAACCCACGCUGCCCGAUGAGCCGUCAGCUAAGGCAAAGGUUAUUUUCAGACUCGUCAAGGAAUCCUUGUUCGCAGAUGUCGAAUCGGUCACCAAGACUUUUGAAGAUGCAGACCUCAAACACAGUGUGUCUUUGGCGAAUCAAAUUGCGGCCAAGUCCGAGCUUCGACCAAAACUUCUUCUAGCUCUAGAUAGAACUACUCAGUCUGACUGGGAAGACUUUUACUCAGGCACUGUGGGAAAAUACGGCGGGAUUACAGUCACCCCGCAGGUCCUUCUUGCAGAUUUGGUAUUUAUACCAGAGACUUGA